AUGGGCAUCCAGGGCAUGGAGCUGUGCGCCAUGGCCGUGGUGGUGCUGCUGUUCAUCGCCGUCCUCAAGCAGUUCGGCAUCCUGGAGCCCAUGUCCAUGGAAGAUAGCAGCGACAGUGAGCUGGAGCUGUCCACAGUGCGCCACCAGCCGGAGGGACUGGAUCAGCUGCAGGCACAGACCAAGUUCACCAAGAAGGAGCUACAGUCCCUCUACAGGGGCUUCAAGAACGAGUGUCCCACGGGCCUGGUGGACGAAGACACCUUCAAACUCAUUUACUCCCAGUUCUUCCCUCAGGGAGAUGCCACCACUUAUGCACACUUCCUCUUCAACGCCUUUGACGCCGAUGGGAAUGGGGCCAUCCGCUUUGAGGACUUUGUGGUUGGCCUCUCCAUCCUCCUGCGAGGAACAGUCCACGAGAAGCUCAAGUGGGCCUUUAACCUCUACGACAUCAACAAGGAUGGCUACAUCACCAAAGAGGAGAUGCUGGCCAUUAUGAAGUCCAUCUACGACAUGAUGGGCCGCCACACCUACCCUAUCCUGCGGGAGGACGCUCCUCUGGAGCAUGUAGAGAGGUUCUUCCAGAAAAUGGACCGGAAUCAGGAUGGGGUGGUGACCAUUGAUGAGUUCCUGGAGACCUGUCAGAAGGAUGAGAACAUCAUGAGCUCCAUGCAGCUGUUUGAGAACGUCAUCUAGGACAUGUCGGUGGGGAGGGGUCCUUGAGUGGCCACCGCCACCUCUGCCCCCAGAGAAAUCUCAGUCCUGCAGGAGCAGCCUCUAUGAGAAACUUUUUUCUAAUAUAUUUGCAAA